CCUACUUAUCUUGAUCUGUUUUCUAUUCAGCUAUUACAUUAAAAAACAUAACAGUGUAUCAGAUGUCAACAUUUAUUUCAAGAUAACACUGGUAACUUAAUCUGUAUAUUGCCAGAAGUUGUAAUCAGCAAACUUCAUAAUGUCUAGUUCCAGGAAAUCUGGAAUGAACUCAGGAUCACUAACAGGAAAACAGAUUGGUUUAACACAAAUAUGGGAAGAUUUAAAACAAGGGAUGGAUCAGGUUUACACAAUCAAAAGUAUGACGAAGCCAAGAUAUAUUGAACUCUACACGCAUGUAUACAAUUACUGCACAUGCGUUCAACUUAGUGGGAAUUCACGUCAAGCACCAGGUGCAAUAGUUUCUAAUAACAGUUUCAAAUCAUCACCGGGAAAGAAAUGGCAGAAUGCUCAAAGUGCACAUUUUGUUGGGCAUGAACUGUACAAAAGACUCCGAUCAUAUUUGCAAAGUUAUUUAUCUAGUAUACUCCAGGAGGGGAUUGAUCUUCUUGGGGAAGAUGUUUUGCAUUUUUACACAAGACAAUGGAUGGGUUUUCAAUUCAGUAGUCGUGUAUUAAAUGGUGUUUGUGCCUACUUGAAUCGACACUGGGUUCUUAGAGAGUGUAAUGAAGGAAGGAAAAAUAUUUAUAAAAUAUAUUCCUUGGCAUUGGUGAUUUGGCGAGAAAGUUUAUUCAAGCCUCUCAACACACAAGUAACUUCAGCAGUUUUAAAACUUAUCGAGAAGGAACGAAAUGGAGAAAUCAUCAAUACAAGUCUCGUCAGUGGAGUCCUUAAAUCUUAUGUUGAGUUAAGUUUAAAUGAAGAUGAAUCUGCAUCAUCUUCUUCACCUUCCAAAUCAUCAAAAACAAUCGUACCAUCACUCUCUGUGUACAAGGAAGCAUUUGAGGCUCGAUUUCUUGAAGAUACUGAAAGUUAUUACACCGCGGAAAGUACAGACUUUUUGUCUCAAAAUCCAGUUACUGAAUACAUGAAAAAGGCUGAAGCAAGACUGAAUGAGGAGCAGCACAGGGUUCAAUUGUAUUUGCAUGAAUCAACUCAAGAUGAAUUAGCAAAGAAAUGUGAAGAGGUUUUGAUAAAACGACAUCUCGAUCAGUUUCAUUCGGAAUUCCAGAAUCUUUUAAAUGAUGAUAAGAAUGAUGAUCUUGGUCGCAUGUACAAUCUGGUAUCGAAAAUAAAAGAUGGUCUCGGUGAACUGAAGAAACUAUUAGAAAAGCAUAUUUAUAAUCAAGGUGAUGCCGCAAUCAAGAAAUGUUCAGAAAUGGCUAUAAACGAUCCAAAACUAUAUGUAAAUACAAUUUUGGAAGUUUAUCGAAAAUAUCAUGGACUUGUUCUGAGUGCUUUUCGCAGCGAUGCAGGAUUUGUUGCCUCACUCGACAUGGCAUGUGGACGCUUCAUCAACAAAAAUGCAGUCACAAUUGCAGCAAAUAAUUCAUCCAAAUCGCCUGAGCUAUUGGCGAGGUACUGCGAUUCACUGUUGAAGAAAAGUGCAAAAAAUCCUGAAGAAUCUGUUUUAGAAGAAACAUUGAAUCAAAUUCUUAUUGUUUUCAAAUACGUGGAAGACAAAGAUGUAUUCCAGAAAUUUUAUUCAAAAAUUGCAAAACGUCUUGUACAUCAUUCAUCUGCCAGUGAUGAUGCUGAGGCAUACAUGAUCUCAAAGCUGAAGCAAACAUGCGGAUUUGAAUAUACAUCAAAAUUAGAGAGAAUGUUCCAAGAUAUCGGAGUCAGCAAAGAUAUCAACGAUAAAUUCAAAUCAAGUUUUCUUGAUGAUCCACUGGAUUUGGAUUUUUCGAUUCAAGUUCUGAUAUCUGGAUCGUGGCCCUUCCAACAAUCAGUUGCAUUCACUCUCCCUGUUGAACUGGAAAAAAGCUACCAGAGAUUUACUACGUUCUAUGGAAAGCAGCAUACUGGGAGAAAAUUGUCAUGGCUUUAUCAUCUGUCAAAGGGAGAACUUGUGACUAAUUGCUUUAGAAACCGUUACACUUUGCAGGCAUCUACUUUUCAAAUGGCAGUCCUUCUGCAGUAUAAUACUUGUCUUUCAUACACGGUGCAACAACUCGCUGACAACACUCAGCUAAAGAUGGAUAUUUUGCUUCAGGUCCUCCAGAUUCUACUCAAGUGUAAACUCUUGGAAACUGACAAUGAUCAAGAAAAGUUGGAACCAGAUAGCAGUAUCAGAUUGUUCCUUGGAUAUAAAAACAAAAAAUUGAGAGUUAACAUCAAUGUGCCAAUGAAGACUGAACAAAAGCAAGAAAGAGAAGUAACUCACAAAAAUGUCCAAGAAGACAGAAAACUACUAAUUCAAGCUGCAAUUGUUCGUAUUAUGAAGAUGCGUAAACAACUCAAACAUCAACAAUUACUCGGAGAAGUCUUGACUCAACUAUCUCAGCGAUUCAAACCUCGAGUUCCUGUCAUCAAGAAGUGCAUCGACAUUCUCAUUGAAAAAGAAUAUUUAGAAAGAGUUGAGGGCGAAAAAGAUACUUAUCGUUAUUUGGCUUAGUUUUCGUUUGUCUUUGGUUUUGCAGGAUUUACACACAAGAGUAGUUCUACUCCUAAAAACACUUAAAUGAUUUUUCCCUAUUAUUCUGCAGAUUUAUUCAGUUUCUUAUAUGUCGAAACUUAUGUGUUAUGAUACUAGCUCAUCUCGUCUUUUUCAGAUUUGUUCAUAUUGUGUGUAGGGAUGCUGUUAUCUGGAAAGUUAUAAUAAUUUUUAAAAGGAAAAUUAAUUUCAUUUUGAAAUAUCUAAAAAAAAAAUGUUAUACAGCAAAUUCCUUAUAUAAACCAAAUUACAUUAGUCAAAUUUUUACAAAAAAAAAACAGUUUUUUAUUUGGCUCAAUUUUUAAAAUGAGUCUUUUUGGGAUAAAUUUUGUUUGAAACAAUUUCCUUAUAACGUUCCUAUAUGCAUUCAUUAAAAUUGGCGUAUACAUUAAUACAAAGUACAGACUGCUUCUUGUGUGUAAUCCUGCUACCACCUUUUACUUUUGUAUUCUCCUUUCGUGUACAUUGUUCUAAGUUCUUUCAAGUGGGACAGUUUCAGCGGAAAGAUAUUAUUUGUUCCAUGCUGUGAUGUAUCCCUUAAAAGAGCAUAAUUGGAAUUACAAUGAAAUAAGGUUUUGGCCUAUUCCUACUCAUAACAGCCGUUCCUUUACAUUCAUGGCAAAUUCACCUUUCUGCUGACUUUGUGCCUUGCUAAACAGUUCUGCACCUAAUAUAUAUAAUAUCACCUUUUAUUAUUGUGUGUUAUGGAUUUCUUAAUUUGCAAGAACUACUCUGUUUAGAACAGCCUAA